AAAAACAUUAGUGAAUGAAACAAACAGAACUUUUCUUAGAUAAGAAUAUGUACAUACAUACGUAUUUCUGCGUUUAUAGUCGAAGAAAAAAUGGAGCUGUUAGCUCCACUUGGAAAUUAUUGCAAAAUCUAAUAAAAAUACCCUUUAUAUAUGUAUAUUUUAUAUAGACAAAAAACAUAUUAGCAUACCAAUAAUAAGUGUGGAAGAGGUGCUGCUAAUUUUCGCAAACGUUUUGUUUAAUGGCCUUUCGUAAAUUUAUAAAAUCUGUACUGCUAGGGAUUCCCAUUGGUGUAACGUUUCUGGAUUGUGUUGGCUAUGUCGCUCGAGUGGACGGAAUAUCUAUGCAACCAGCCCUUAACCCAGAUGCCAGCCAAACAGAUUACGUUUUCCUAUCUCGCUGGGCUGUGCGUACAUGCCACGUGGAUCGCGGCGAUAUCGUUUCACUUAUUUCUCCGAAGGACCCCACACAAAAGAUAAUAAAACGUAUAGUUGGACUACAGGGUGAUGUCGUUUCUACGUUGGGUUACAAACAUGAAAUAGUGCGUAUACCAGAAGGUCAUUGUUGGGUAGAAGGGGACCACACGGGCCAUUCGCUGGAUAGUAACACUUUCGGACCUGUAGCGCAGGGCUUAUUAACAGCUCGAGCGACGUUCAUUGUUUGGCCUCCAGAACGCUGGCGUCGACUACAAACUGAGUUACCUCGACGUCGUAGACCCAUCCAAAUAGCCAAGUCAGCAAGUUACUACAGUCAAUAGCAACAUUAAUUAGGGCAGUGAAGUCCAAGGUACUUUCGCAUCCAUUUUCAGCGUUAUACCAGCUUUAAUUAAGAGUCCUGAAAGUGUUAUAUGUAUAUAAAAUUAAACUACAGUUUGAAUGUUAUAAAUUUAAAGAACAUAUGUGUGCGAAUGUUUGAAAAACAGUUAAAAA